AGGGGUUAAGGAUGGAUGAAUAGAUGAGGUCUGAAAUUCAAACGUCUUUCAUUAUUUAGUGAUAUCAGUCCACAAACAGUCGCCAGAAAGCCACGCGUUUAUGAAGUGCAGACCAAAAUAUCAGGCGAAAUAUCUGGAUACUCUGAACAAAAUGUUGGCAGUUGAAAAGUAUGUGAAUUAUUGCUUCCUCAAUUGCUUGCCUGUGAACGCAGUACUGUAAGCCUGCGAACUCCUCCCACAUGCGUAUUGUUAACUAUAAAUGUGAAAAAUGCGUUGUGUUGAAGCGUUAAUAGGCGUAGUGCUGCAUUUGUUCGGGGUUGGAAAACAGGAAGAAAGCGGUAGUACUGGAUUACACUGUGGGACUUUCCAACUUUUUGCUCUGAUGUCAGUGUGGUGGAAGUUAGAUCCUAACAACCGACUCUGAAAAUGUACCAAACGGCUCUUGGUUUAGUUUUGCUCCUAUGUUUAGUAUCAGCUGUGGCACUGACAUACAUAAUAUUAUCUUUAAAAGUACCACUAUCGGCACCCGUAACUUUCUGUAAAGAUGCACAUGCUGACAUGUGUGAUAAUAAAAUUCGGUUUUACGUAAAUAGCUUAGACUCUGUGGAAUCGGCACUUUCUUAUGAUUACUCUGCCUUUGAAUUUUGCCAUGCUAAAGGAGUGAACCGCACAAGGAAAAAUUUAGGUCAGGUACUGUCUGGGGAUCGGACUGAACCUUCCCCCUAUGUAUUUGAGUUUAAAAAAGAUGAAUACUGUCAGCCAGUUUGUGCAGUAACAUACACUUCUAAAGAAAAACAAAAGUUCGCAUUUUUAAAGAAAGCCAUGCUUCUGAACUACCGACAUCACUGGAUUAUUGAUGGUGUGCCAGUUUUAUGGUGUAGUUGGACCGACAUGAAAAAUGGUAUGAAGUACUGCUACCCCGGAUUUCCUUUUGGCUGCUACAUUACGGAGGAAGGUCACCGGCGAGGUGCUUGUGUUUUAUAUAACUUUUUAAAUGAAAAUACGUUUUAUGUCUUCAACCACGUAGACGUCACAAUUUUCCAUACUGUAGUAAGGAAUGAAACAGAUGAAUUUUUUUCAAGAGUUAUAAACGUGACAGUAGAACCAAAAAGUGUACGAUAUCGCAAGACACUUCCUCUCACCUGUGAUGGCCCGCCUUUAGAGAUCAGUAAUAAAAUGACUGAGCAAGUCGAUAUUAUGUAUUCCUAUUCUGUUAAAUUUGUUGAAGAAAAAGAACUCCCCAAGGUAUCACAGUGGGAUUAUAUUCUAAAAUCUAUUCCACGAACUUUUGCUUACUGGGGGGGUUUAAUUAAUUCCUUGGUGAUUACGCUGAUUUUGUCUGCUAUAAUGAUCCGGAUCAUGGUGCAGACUCUGCAGAAGGAUACUGCACCUUGCAGCAAAAUUAAUUCACCUGGUGUCACUUCUGCUGCAGGUAUAUCUUACCAGCAGCACAAGGAAGUGGAACCAAGUGUGUGUCCUUUGGUUACUGCAACAACUUAUGAGAUUAAUGUUAAGCAUGAAAACUCCCAUCCUAAAACACUUGAAUCUACUGUCCACAAUGAGUUGGAUUUUGCUUCUGUUGAAGGUCUACUAAGUAGACAGCCCAACGGUCCUUUGGAAAGUCAUUGUAAUUCGUGCUCUUUAGUCACAUUAGCAGCUUUGCAGAAAGAUAGCACCCCAGAAUGUUCCCAGCUAUAUCAAAUGUCUUCUGAAUUUAAUGAAGUGACCUACACUACUUCAUGUGGAAAUAAUUUGUUGUGUGAUCAGUGCAGAGAACUCCCAGUGGAGACUGAAUCGGAUGUUGAUAUUUCAACAAAACUGAUAACUCUUCAGAAGGAGAGCAACCAUAACCAAAUACAGGGGCCAACAUAUCACAAAGGUCAUCUGAUUGAAAGGUUCUUGGCAUUUUUGAAAAAAAAUAAGGCAUUUAUAACUGAGAAGUUGCAGAAAUCCAAAUGUAAAAACAUAAUACAUCCUUUUGUUAAUAAUUUUGUGAGUGGGAGGCCAGUACAGGAUUCAGAAGAGGUUGGUGAAAAUGAUAAGGAGUCUGGCUGGAAAGUUUUGUGUGGUGAUGUCUUCCGGCCACCAGGAAAAGGAAUGUUGUUAUCUGUGUUUGUAGGUUCUGGUACACAAAUUAUUGUCAUGGCUCUAUGUACUCUGUGUGUUGCAUGCUUAGGAUUCCCUUCACUGGCAAGUACAGCAGCCCUAAUCAAUUUUGCAGUUGUUAGCUGGGUGCUUCUUGGAGCUCUUGCAGGUUAUGUUACUGUAAGAUUCCAUAUGCAUUUUGGAGGUGACAGUUGGAUAACUAGUGCAUUUCUUACAUCAUUUCUCUGUCCAGGGGUUGUGUUUGUGGAUUUCUUUUUGAUGGAUGUUGUAUUGCGUAGUGAGGAAUCUUCAGGAGCCAUUACAUCCAGUACACUGCUGACUGUCUUGGGGCUUUGGUUCUUCAUAUCUGCACCACUCACAUUCCUAGGUGCCUAUUUUGGUUUUAAGAUGAAUGCGAUUGAGGUUCCUGUUUGCACAAACCCUGUUCCUCGGGAGAUCCCUAAGCAGCCAUUUUAUUCAAAGCCUAUUCUUGGUAUUAUAAUGGGAGGAGUGCUUCCUUUUUUGUGUGUAUCUAUUCAGUUGUCAGGCUUUCUGACUAGCAUUUGGUUUCGCCAAAGCUACCAUUCAUUCAGCAUUCUGUUUCCUGUGUUCAUAAUGCUUGCAAUAACAUGCUCUGCAUGUACUGUGAUACUCUGCUAUUUCCAUUUGUGUACUGAGGACUACCGUUGGCAGUGGCGCUCAUUUCUGGCCAGUGGCUGUACUGCAGUUUAUUUUCUUAUAAAUGCAUUAUAUUUUUUCCUGACAACACUUAAACUCCAAGGUGCAGCCAGUACUGUUCUCUUCUUUGGGUACAAUUUGAUAUUGGGAUUCAUUCUUUUUCUUUUAACUGGAACCAUUGGAUUUUUUGCUUGCUUUUGGUUUCUAACCAAAAUAUACACAGUGACAAACUGUGUAAAGGAGAUUGACGUGGGAGCACCUUUGAUAUAGUCUUUUUUACUGCGCUGGACUUACUGGACUUACUUUGAAAUGUUACCUGUUACUCGGGUGUUUUUUUUUAUAGAAGUCAUAAUUAUUGGGGACUAUUUUAUUUUACUCUAAAUGUGUGUUUCAUUUUGUUUAUACUGUUCAGACUAGUUUCUGCUGUACAUUUGUUAGUAUCUGAGUUUCUUAUGGUUGUCAGAUCUUAUUGUACACGAAAUGUGUUUUAAAAAUUUGAUAAUUUGGUGUUAAAAUCCACCAGGAAUUUCUAUAUCUAAAAUGCAAUCAGUUUUUAAAAUAGCAGAAAAUAUUAAAAAUUGGCAAAAAUUAUUGAAUUUAUCUGUGUGUUAAGAUUCGUAUGAAGUUCAGUUUACUUGCUUCUCCUAUCCAUGAAGGCCAUUGGUGCCUGUCCAUUUUCUGAAUUAAUUUGAAUCAACAUAGAGUGGUAUUCUACUCCGUUAUGUAUCCAGUUGUGUUUUAACCAUAGUUUAACAGUUUAUACUGAAAAUUGGGACUGUGAUAUUUAUAGCUGGUUUUUAGAACUGUUGUUUCUGUCUGAGAUAGUACUACUAACGUCACCUGUCAUAUGAACAGGGAAAGGAUGUAUAACAAAGUAAUGGCUAUCCUAAAAAUGCUGAAAAAUACCUGUUUUGAAAUGGGAUGAUCUACAAUAUCUACAUUGUGGAUGUUCAGUUCUCCAUUAAAAGAAGUUUUCUGAAAAUGCUAUCUGAAAAAAACUUAUAAAUGUUUGUGACUUCUCUUUGCUGCAGUCUUGUGCUUGAAUUUAUGAUGAUAAGCUCACCUCAAGCCAUAUAAACCACUUUAUCUUCCCGUAGCUCAUCGAAGUAUGAGCUUGAUUUUCCCUGUGGAAUAAAUAAGACAGAAAUGGAAAAAGGAAUGACAUGCUGCUUUGUGCAGUUAGCAGUGGCUACCAUUUAGGUAAAAGGCUGCCCCGUUCUUUGGUUGCCAGCUGUUAAAACUACGUCAUUAGCAAUCCUUCUCCCUCUAACUUCCAAACUUCUAAGACAUUCUUCCACAUAUAACUUCAGAAACCAGAACUACUCCUGUCCUCUACUGAAAAUAUCACAAGCAUGAUCUAAACUCCAUAUACCACUAACCAUGCUUUCUCAGUAUUGGCCCAAAUUUCUGGGAAUCCCUGCCACCCAGGCUUAAAGAUUCCUCAUCAAAUCCAAGUUUUCAAGGCAAAAGCACAAUGUCUUUUUAACACUUCAGACCAUAAAAAACUUGUAGGUGUCCUCUUCUCUCCUGCCACAUCAGCUUGCCCUCCUAUCACGCCACACUACUCACAAUAACAAUAUUACUGUGCAUUCUCUAGCUUUCACCAAGGCACAUCAUCUAAUACCCGAGGAAUACUCAUUUAAUUUACAUAUUGUUUAACAUUUAUAAAUGGCCUUACUUUCACUUUUGUUCUGUGUGACUCUACAUGUUGAUGAUAUAUUGCUACUUUGUAUACUGAUGUUACUGUUUUUGCAUAUUUGUUUGUCUUUGUUACUUUCUCUUUCCAUUACCUUUUGUAAUUACUCCUCAGAUGAGACUGAAAUUGGUCUAAACUGAUUUAUUCUUCCCCAGUAAAAAACUAAAAUAAUAAAAAAAUGGGUCUUUCUUGCUCAUAGGUAUCAACAUCUGUUUAUUUGGUGUACAAAACCAUAAAUGCCUAAAAGAUGCAUCAAAAUGUUAUUGCAUCACUCCUGAUUUAUUUUUCAAGAGUAUGAGAUUGAGAACUCCUUUUAGUGGCUUGCAUAUUAAUUAAAGAAGUUGCUAAUCUGAUGGUAUUGACUAAAGCUGUUUUGGUUGCUACUACCUCAGGAAAAAAGUCCCUCAUUUUGCUAAAAUCAGGGUGCCUGAAAUGUAAUGCUUGCAGUUUUCUAGCCUCUGGUAUAGUGGCAUACUGUCGCAUCCACAUGUAAUGAAUUUUAGUAAUCCAUGGAUCAGUUGAGGCAAGGGGAGUCAAGCUGUUGAUAACCAUGUUGUAAUAUCCCAGACUAGGGAAGGAAGCUGAGGGACAUGGCAAUGUUUGGGCACUUUGCUGUGGAUCCUAGAUGUUCUACCAAUGUGUGAUGCCCACUGAAGUGAAGACAUUUCAGAGAGGUCUAUAGUUUUUGCUGGCCCAAUACUGUGGCCUUGCCCUCCUUACCACACAUUGUACCUGGCUAUGGAGCUUGAUCAAACAGGCAGUGGUUAUGAUGAGGCUGCGGUUCCUUAGAUUGAUAUCAGCCUUUCUACAGCCUGGCAGCAAUGAGAAUGCAAUUUAAGACCUUCCCUUGUGAAAACAGAGCACCCCUGUCCCCAUGUCUGGGACUGGCUAAGGCAACAACUGCAUGGGUAAUUGAAAGAAAACAAUCCUUAAAAAGCUGUUAUUUUUAUAUAGUUAACUAUUGCUUGUAAGUGCACUAUGUGAAGGCUUUGUUCCAAAUGACUACAGGCUUCUACAGCCAAGGUCUUGUCUCUACCCAUCUUCGAUUGGUGUCUUGGAAGCGUGAGUGUCAGUAAUCCUGCUUUUGGGUGUGGUUGUAGUAAAGGUGCUCUGGUGUGGCCUUUGUUAUAGUAUAGACGUUCAGGACAUAACCAGAAUUAAAGAGACAACAUAGUUCGUGAAAACUGGCUACUGCAGCUGUUACUGUCAUGAUGAGUUGUAUAACACAGACCCAGAACUGCUAAAAGUUGCAGCUAGAUACUGUAGUUCACAGAAGUUAGCAUUUUAUACACUGAGAGCUUCAGGAGAGAUGAUGUUGGCAGCUGUUAUUAAAAAAUGUGAUUUUAGGCAAAUAACUUUUUAUGACAGCCACAUAUAUAUCAUUUCUUCUUUUGUCUUUACACUUUACAGCCAAAUAAUAUAAAUCAGUGUUUAAUUAAAUUGAUUUUGGUUGAUUGCUUGCAUAAAAUGUUAUUGUUUCCAUUUGUCUGUGUUUGGCAGGCAGGGAAUGAUUGCCACAUAUAUAAAUUUAAACAAAAACAAUGUUGUGAGGAAUCUUCUGAAGGACAGAAUGUGCAGCCGAUCCUUGUCCAUUUGGAAUCUUAACAGACCUGAGUACAGACAAUAAUGAGUUGUCAAUUUAUACAGUUUCUGUGCUAAGCAGUGUCAUUGCAAAGUAGUUUGUAUUGUGUACAUAGAAAAUCUGUUAGGCACACACCAACGGUAUUGAGAUGCAGGAAAUGAUUUUGGUGUAAACUGUAAUAAAACAUAAAAUUGGUGUCUAA